UCAAGCACUUCUAUAUAUUUCGCAUCAAGACCCACCCAUUUUUCCGGCCACACCCUUUUUGCCAGUUUAGGAUUUGAUUGAUUUUAUUUUCAAAACAUGGGUCGUGAGCUGAUCAUGGCUCUGUUUCUCUCUCUAUCUCUACUCGCUGUUCCAUUUGCAGCAGAGGCAGCAGGAAUCCGGCAUUACAAGUGGGAAGUGAAGUACGAGUACAAGUCUCAGGACUGUUACAAGAAACUGGCCAUCACCAUUAACGGACGGACACCUGGGCCGACGAUUGAGGCCCGGGUGAACGAUACGGUUGUAGUGGAGCUCAAGAACAGCUUGUUGACUGAGAAUGUUGCCAUUCAUUGGCACGGGAUUCGUCAGAAAGGAACACCUUGGUUUGAUGGAACAGCGGGGGUGACUCAAUGUCCAAUUGUGCCUGGAGAUACCUUUGUUUACAAAUUUGUGGUGGAUAGACCUGGAACAUAUCUUUACCACGGACAUUACGGCCUGCAAAGAGAAGCCGGUUUGAACGGAAUGAUCCGGGUAUCGCUUCCACCGGGUGAAUCAGAGCCCUAUACUUAUGAUCAUGAUAGAAGCAUCCUCCUGACCGAUUGGUACCACCAAAGCACUUAUGAACAAGCCACCGGACUCUCUUCCUUACCCUUUGUUUGGGUUGGCGAACCUCAGUCACUUUUGAUACAUGGAAAAGGGAAGUUCGACUGUUCUACUCCUGGAUUAAAAGCCGGCCUUUGUAAUGCGACAAAUCCUGAAUGCUCACCCUAUGUUAUUACUGUGGUUCCGGGGAAGACAUAUAGGCUGAGGAUCAGUAGCUUGACAUCUCUAGCUGCCCUUAGUUUUGAAAUUGAGGGUCAUACUAUGACUGUUGUUGAAGCAGAUGGACACAAUGUUGAGCCUUUUGUAGUAAAAAAUUUGUUUAUCUACUCUGGUGAAACAUAUUCUGUCCUGAUAAAAGCGGAUCAAGCCCCUACAAGAAACUACUGGGCAGUUUCAAAAGUAGUGAGCCGAAACAGCACAACUCCCAAUGGGUUAGCCAUUUUCAAUUACUACCCGAACCAUCCCAGGAGAUCCCCUCCCACGGUUCCACCCGUCGGUCCAGCUUGGAAUGACGUGGCACCAAGGUUAGCCCAGGGUGAGGCGAUGAAGGCCCGACAGGGUUACAUCCUCCCUCCUCCUCAGACAUCGGACCGCGUCAUAGUCAUGCUCAAUACUCAAAACACGAUCAACGGUUACACCCGGUGGUCUGUGAAUAAUAUCUCCUACAACCUUCCCGAUACCCCUUACCUAAUCGCCGUGAAGGACAGAUUGAACCAUGUUUUCGACCAAACCCCACCUCCGGAUGGCUAUGAUUCGCAGAACUAUGAUAUUUUCGGUAAACCAAACAAUACCAAUGCCACUGCUAGCAGCUCAAUCUACAAGUUGCAGUUCAACUCAACAGUGGAUAUCAUUCUCCAAAAUGCCAAUACAAUGAAUGCUGACAACAGUGAGACCCACCCUUGGCAUCUCCACGGGCAUGAUUUCUGGGUCAUGGGCUACGGGCAGGGCAAGUUUGACAUCAAUAGUGAUCCAAAGAAGUACAAUCUUGUUGACCCGAUUAUGAAGAACACCGUGUCUGUUCAGCCUUACGGGUGGACUGCUCUCAGGUUUGUGGCCGAUAAUCCGGGAGUUUGGGCUUUUCAUUGCCACAUUGAGGCUCACUUUUACUUGGGCAUGGGGGUGGUGUUUGAAGAAGGGGUGGAGAUGUUGGGGAGGUAUCCAACAUCUAUUACGGGCUGUGGUGAUACCAAAGGCUACCGUAGGCCAUAAACCCUUCAAUAGGAAACCAUUCUAAAAUACUUCAAAUUGACAAUUAUUCUGUAAGUAGUGAAAAUUCUUUUCGGGUAUUCAGAGGCUUACCCCACUACGAGUUUGGUACAUAAGAGUCAUAAGGCCUUACCUCCACAGCCAAUUAGUUUUGAGUUGGGUGCUUCGGAAAAUACAGCAUCAGAAUUGGGUGGUUUCAGGGGUCGAGCCUUCGGUCCUUCUUUUCGUGCUGCUUGUUUUUCCCUCACUAUUGUUAGUUUGUUCCGGGUCAAAAUGUCUUCAAAUUCUAACACAAAUAAGGAUAUCUGUUGGUUUAUUCUUU